AUGUUAAUCACAAUUUUACCUUUACUAGCCGAAUUCAUAUUAAAAAAUAUAAAUAAUGAUGAAACAAAAGAAACUUAUUUCUAUUUUAAUUAUUGUCUAUCAGGUAAAAUGAGGCAUUUUUUAAUCAAUGGUUCAUUAAAAGAUCCCUUUGAAAUAAAAUAUGAUGAGCAAUUAACAUCAACAUUGUUUGCUCGUGGAUGUGAAAAAAUAUUUAGAAUGAUUGACUAUCAACAAGACAUAAAAAUCGAUUAUGAAUCUUUAAUGUCGAUCUAUAACAAUAUGGGUGAUGGUGGACAAUUAAUAGCAAAAAUAAGAAAGUAUGCAGAAAAUAAACAAUAUGUUAUACAAAAGUCAAUCGAAAAACAAGUUAAUGAUGCAUGUGCUGGAUUAUUUGCGAUCUAUAUAAAAUAUUAUCGUCGAAUAAAUUUAGAUAAAUAUGAAUAA